AGAGGGAGAGAGGGAGAGAGAGAGAGAGAGAGAGAGAGAGACAGACAGACAGACAGAGAGAGAGACAGAGAGAGAGAGAGAGAGAGAGAGAGAGAGAACAAGAAGAAAAUGCAGGCCAAAAGGAAAGAGCACGAAUCGAAAUGGUUUUUAAAUGUUAUGGGACACGUCAUGUUCACAUCAGUCUUUCUGGUUUCAACAUCAGGGAGAGGCCUUGAAGAAUUGCCAAAGCCCGAGAAUGUAUCUGUGAAUUCGACCAACAUGAGGCACAUCCUGAGGUGGAGUUCUGUGAGAGUGCCGCUGGGAGAGGUCAGCUACUCAGUGCAGUUUCAAGGAGAGUUUGAACGAAAUCACAGGAAGACCUGGGUGGCAAUCACAGAGUGCUCCAGCAUCAGGGAAACAUGGUGUGACGUCACGGCAGAUAUAUCGUCAGAUGUUGGCUAUGAUCUGAAGGUUCGGACAGAACUUGGAAAUGUCACUUCCGAGUGGCAAAAUCUCAGUAAACUCUUCAAUCGGAAAGAGACCAAUCUGACAGCACCGACAUUGACUGCUGGAGUGACGGGUGGUCGGGUUACACUGAAUGUCAGUGAAAUAAAGAAGAACAUCAAUGCUAAUAUUUAUUACUGGAAGGAAGGAGUGGAGCAGCAGGUUAUGAAUGUUUCCUUAGACCAAACUCAGGUACCUUACUACCUCUCUGUGGAAAAGGAGGUAACUUACUGUUUUCAAGCACAACUCUACAUCUUAGAAUACAACAAGUUCAGCUCCUUCAGUAACAUCAUGUGUGAGACGGUCAGUGAUGAUACCACGUCCAAAGGCAACUCGGUGAUAAUCGCCACAGCGUUACUUCUUGGAGUGUGUUUUCUAGCCGCCUCACUGUUUUGCAUAGGGAGAUUCUGUUGUAGGACUCGGCCUGUAUGGUUUCCCAAAAUUUCAGCCCCUUAUGUUUCAAAUUUUGAAAACCUUCGAGGGGACGUCCUGAAAGAAGACUACAGCCAGGAAAGUUGUGAUACUGUCGAGGUCUGGCAUCAGUCGGAGACUUUGCUCAGUGCACAUGAAUCACUGACUGCACGGGAAAGGGUAAACAGUAAAGAGGGCAGGCCAAUGAACUAUGUUGCAUAUGGAGAAGUUUGUCAAUCCCAAAGGUCAAUGCCGAUUAGAUAUCAGAAAGGAUACCGAUCUCAAAUGAAUUUUGGACAGACUGAUUAAACCAUGAGGAAAUUACACUGCAGAUGCCUUGCAGGGCCUUUUAUAAGAUGAUCAACAGGACAUCACUAUGCACAACUGGCUAAAUUGGAUCUCGAGCUGCUAAGGAUUUCUACUCCUGACAUACAAAUAUCUCCAAAGAUAGAUACAAAGUUUUGGAGUAACUGAGUGGGUCAGGCAGCCUCCCUAGAGAAAAGGAAUAGUUGACGUUUUGGGUCGAGACCCUUAAUCGGAUUGAAAUAUCUCCACAGGGUAUGAUACACUGACAGAAAAUAGACAAUAGGGGUAGGAGUAGGCCAUUUGGCCCUUCGAGCAAGCACCACCAUUCAAUGUGAUAAUUGCUGAUCAUCCCCAAUCAGUACCCCAUUCCUGCCUUCUCCUCAUAUCCCCUGACUCCACUAUCUUUAAGAGCCCUAUCGAGCUCUUUCUUGAAAGUAUCUAGAGGACAGGCCUCCACUGCCCUCUGAGGCAGAGAAUUCCACAGACUCACAACUCUCUGUGUGAAAAUAUUUUUUCUCAUCUCUGUUCUAAAUGGAUUACCUCUUAUUCUUAAACUGUGGCCCCUGGUUCUGGACUCAGGGACAUGUUUCCUGCUUCUAGCAAGUCCAAACCCUUAAUAAUCUUAUAUGUUUCAAUAAGGUGCCCUCUCAUCCUUCUAAAUUCCAAAGUAUACAAGCCCAGCCAUUCCAUUCUCUCAGCAUAUGACAGUCCCGCCAUCCUGGGAAUUAACCUUGUAAACAUACGCUGCAUUCCCUCAAUAGCAAGAAAGUCCUUCUUCAAAUUAGGGCACCAAAACAGCACACAAUAAUCUUCUCUUGACUCUCUCCAUCCACCGUUCAACUUGAGCCUGAUGUUUAUGCUUACGUAAGUCCGUCAUUACUGGACUUACAUGUUGGAUGGGGUGCACUGAUUUUGUUUCAGAGUAAAAAAAGUGAUAGAAAUUCUUCCGCACAACAUCUUGACAUCAAAAUCAUUUGGGGGAUAUUGGGAACACUGAGACUUGGAAGAAUCACGCUGUAAGAAAUAGAUUUGAUAUGUGGGGCUAUUCGCUGGGCCUUAUGUACUUUGUAUCUCAGGAAGUGGUUCGCUCUUCAUAGGUACCCUGAUAUGCAAGUAAACACCCUACACACAUACUAUCUGAAUCUUAUCCAAUUAAAUUUAGCCCAAUGAGCCACCUUUGUGCAAUAGUUGGGCUUCUAUGGCUUGUUAUUACCUCAUCUAAAGAGUCUACAGUUUUUUAAAUGAUGCUCCCAGGGACAGGGCAUUCAGAUGCUUGAAGCCUUAUGUUACCUAAUUAGAUCAUGUUUGAUCUGUAUCUUAUCUCCAUACACCCACCUUCUCCAUCUACAGUAUGUCUGUCUUAAUAACUUUAUGUAACAAAUCAGUCCAUUUUGAAGCUUACCAUGCUUUGCCUGAAUGAUUUCUUCAUUGUUGGGUAACAAAGGGUAGCAAACGGUGGUGGGGCAGGGAGAGUGGGAACCAUUCUACAAUUCCACAGCCUAUCUGUCAAGAAGCACUUCUGUCAUCACCCCAAUGCAAUUGGGCUAUUUUAAGGUUAACAUUAUGUAUUGUUCCAUGUUCCUCAACUAGUGUAAUAAUUUCUACUUAUUAUUCCUUCAAUCAUCUUGCACACGUGCAUUAGAUCACCUCAGACUGAAGGAAAUACAAGCUCAAUCAGUGUCUCCCUCACCUAAUGUAGCUCUGUUAGAUUGCAUUGGGUUUAUGGUAUUUCCCCAACCAAUCCAGCUUGGUAUUAAUGUUUGGCUCAAGCCUCCUCCAAUUUUCUUUUGUCUACAUGUAGCGGUGCUGUGCUCUGGUUUCUUCUCCCUCUUGUACUUACCUAACCUUACCUUGAACACAUGGAUACCAUUCACUGUAACCAUUCCCUGGGGCAGCGACUUCACAAUCUCGCCAUUCUUUGUGUUAAGAAGUUUCUUCCAAAUUUCCUUUUGAAUUUUCUGCUCCCUUCUUUCUCCAGUGGUAGCAAGUGAGACAACAGCCUUGUACAAUCAGAGGAUACAAGAAGAUGGGGCCAUCUGUGGUAUAAUAGGACCCAAUACCAUGACAAGCAAACAGUAAAACUCUAUGAAGUGAUUGAAGGACUCUAAAGCAAAGUCACCUUGAUCAGGUCUCGUGCAUUUCUUGGUUCCUAUGUCAGUGAAGUAACCUGACUUGUAAUCAACAAACAAACUUUGCAACAUUGAACUUAACACGAGCAAGUAUUUUCUUGUCUGAACAUUCCCACAAUGAAAACGCCUGGGCACUCAGUUCAACUUCUAAUGUGCAUUGACAAUGUUAUACAUAAUAAGAUGCCAUGGGACACCUGAAGGGAGAUAGAAAAACUAUCCAAGAGAUGGUUCUUCACCUCACAAAUCAUCAAAAUGAUUCAUGUCCUUGCAUCCAAUUCACAAGUUUCUGCAAAAAAUAGUAUCUGCCUUUACUUAAAAACACCCCCUGAUAUUUUCUACAACUGGUUAGGUUUGUAACCUUCUGACUACCUUGGAGUCCUCAUCACCUCAUGAUAUUUUGCAUCCAAAGGGCUCCCAAAGUCCAACUUUGAUCGACACAUCUGCCAUUUUCCAAAUGAUACUUCCCCGAAUAGGACAUUCAGAUGCUAAAGCAUUUUCUAUUAUCUAGUUAGAUUAUCUUUGAUCUGUAUCUUAGCUCUGGGAUCAAAAGUUCAAAAAGUAUUCUUUUUACGGUUACUUGAAUUUCGUAUUUAUUAAUUAAACCAUUUAAAAUGAAUACUGAAAAAAAUAAAAAUACAAUUUCAGUCCGAAGAAGUGUUUCGACCAAAAGAGUCACCUACCCACGUCUUCCAGCAAUGCUUUCUUGGCGCGCUGAGUUACCCCAGCACUUUGUGUUUUGCUCAGUUGCUUUGCUUACCGGAUUAAUUAAGUUAGGUGAAGGACUGAGCUAGACAAGCCAACUACUACUGGACUAAAGCUGAGGAGUCGGUUACAAUGUUUACGGACUUGACCCUAGUCAGCACUACCUCUGAUUUUACGUUAUUAUUUAUCUGUUGUUAUUUAUUAUUUUUAGGUCCCAGCUCCUAGAGCACUGUUUGUAGUCAGUGGAGUUGAUGGAAUUCCUGAUUCUAUUUGCUGACUGACAUAAAUCUUGCAAGUAGUUUUCAUAAAGGUCUUGAUGUUGGUUGUUCCAUCUUGUUUAGAAAAUGCAAUUGAAUAAAAUAUUAAAUGUUGCUCUGACAUUUUAGACAGUCAAUAUUGGAUAUACAAACAGAAUUAAAGAAACUAAAUCCAUUAAAGAUAACAUUGACUGUGCGUUUACAAUGUAAAUUGUUUUCACCACAUAAUUUGUAUGUUUUACAGAUGUACUGUAUAUUUAUUCUGUUGUGCUUGUGCUGAGAUCCUGAUUCAUGUUGGGCUAUCGUGAUCUCCAGGAAGUCUAGUUUCUGCACUAAGUAACCAAGAUAAGAUGAGAUAUAUAUAUAGAUAGAGUAUAUAUAUAUAUCAUUUAAUAUAUAAAGAUCUUUUGGCCUCCUCGAAUAUGCUCAGCCACUGAUUCAUGACAGUUCUCUUGGUGAAGGAAGUUCUGAUCUCUAAUCUAAGUGACCAACUCAUUACUUUGGAUUCCUGGUUACUUAUAAUGAAACAGUAAGAGGUAAUAUUGCCUAUCAAGUCUUUUGCAGACUCUGAGUCGAGCAAUUCCAUUGCCCCUCUCCUUGGGCAACUAUUGUUCUUUCUCACAAACUCAUUAACUCUUGGAUUCUUUUGCCACUUACAAUGAGGAAGAAUUUGUAGUGGCCAAUUAACCUGCCAGCGUGUAUUUGGGAUGUGGGAGGAAACUGGGGGACGUCUAGAGGAAACACAGUUGCAGGGAGAAUGUACAAUGUCCAUGUAGACAGGUUAGGAUUGAACUUGGGUCUCAGGAGCUGCUCCUUUUUUUUAAUCAGAACUAUGUGUAGUUUUGGCCGCCCAGUUAUAGGAAAGAUGUCAUUAAUUUGGAAAAGGUGCAGAAGAGAUUUGCUAGUAGUUUUUGGUUUGGAGCAGUGGAGACUCAUAUCUGGAAGGAUAUGC